AGCCUCCAGCUGCAGGACAAACAGUGUGGGAAGAUGAGUCGGUUCCCAGUGGAUGUGAAGGCUGUAGGCUUGAUGCAAUGCAGAAAGCAGAAGAAGUACAUGAUGUUCGUGUCCUGGUCAGAUCAAAACAACAUUCUCAUCUACCGGACACUUGAAGAAUUUAAGAGAUUCCAUAAAGAACUGAAGAGAAAAUUCCCCAUUGAGAGUGGGUCACUCAGGAGAUCUGACCGGACUAUACCCAGGUUUAAAGAUAUUAAUGGGAAACAGAAGAAGAGUGGGAAGAUAAACAGGUCCCUGGAGCGACUGAAAUUGCUGGAAACUUACUCACAAGAGCUGCUGAAAGUGGAUGCUAAAAUCUCCCAGAGUGAAGACGUGAUUCAGUUUUUCAAGGCCCAAACUCAAGACCUCGAUCCCUGCUUUCCUGAAGACAGUGUUGUAAUCAUGCCAUCAGAAAUUGGAGGGGAAAAGAAGAAGGAGGUGCAGCAGCAGCAGCUCUCCAUUACAUACCCUCAGGUGUCUCAGAGCUACCGCUGCAUUGAAACCUUUGAAACCAAAGACACAAAGAACAAGACUUUCAAAGUCGCUAAGAAGGAGAUUGUUGAAGUGUUACUGAAGGACAUGACCGGGUGGUGGCUUGUGGAAAAUGCAGACAAGCAGAUAGCCUGGUUCCCAGCCUCGUACCUGGAACAGAUCAGUGCUCACAAGGACAUCCAGAACGUCGAGAGCUCAGAUGAGGAGGGCAGCCUGUACUUUGUCAUGCGGGCCUACGAGGCACAGAAAGCAGAUGAGCUCUCUCUGAACAAAGGCGUGGUGGUGGAGGUGGUCAGGAGAUCAGACAAUGGCUGGUGGCUCAUCCGUUACAAUGGGCGCAAAGGCUACAUGCCCUCCAUGUGCCUCCAGGCCUACAAGAACCCCCAUCACAGGCUGCAGACCAUCAUGAACAGCGGGCUCCACAUCUCCACACCCAACCUCUGCUCCCCCUCUCCGGCUCUCCAGCCCCUGCGAGACAGCACAGCGCGGGACUGCACCUCAGGGGACGGCAGUGAUGAAGAUGUGAGCUCCUCGAGGAGCAGAUCACAAUCUCUGCCCAGGGUCAUCUCCACUCCAGACCUGGAGUCUGACAGCUCCUCGCUCAGCUCGGGCAGUGCACCCAGCGGUGUGCUGAGCUGGAAGUCGGACUUGUCCAGGUCUCUGCCUGAAGUGGAGCAGGCGGUGAGCCCAGUCCUUGGACGCGCCUCAGCCACACACAGCAGCAAAUCUCCACGCCUCACCUACAAGGACAGGAACGACUCAGGCUUUGUGGAGCCAUCUGCUGCUGACCUAAGCUCCCUCGCUGAUCCAGAGGUGCCCACCGGUGCCCCCAAGGUGCCCAUGCGUCCCUCAGCCCAUGAGAUCCUUCAGAGGUGCAGCACAGUCACCAAACGAGCUGUGCAGCAGUCAGCUGCCUGCCCGCCCCUCCAGGCCCUGCAUCCCCUGCCCAGUGCUCACUAGGGCCCCAUGCCUUACACUGAGGGGACCCCUGCUUCCAAGGCUUGCAAACAUGGCUUUGCUGGGUUAAUGCUGUAGCAUGCACACCAUCGCCAGGGAGCUUUAACCAGGGCACACCACUGUUACUAACAGAGCUGCAGUAGGAUCCAGCAGCUCCUGUUUAACAUAGGUCACUUAGGGCUCAGUUCCCUUCACAUAUUUAUCCUGCAACACAUUGAUCAAAAUGUCACCAUUUUCUUGCAUUAAUCCUCACACUGUGGCUACCUUGACAGUACUGGAGAAGAGAGGAGUGAAACCCCUAGCUACAGACAUGUGAACAACAUUUAUCUGAAACCCUGGAAUAUAAAUAUUUAAGUUCUAUUUAAUUUUUUUACUUUAAGGUUACGUGAACUUGGGUAGUAGAAAACCAGCCAGGCAAAGAUAUCUAUGAAUUGGCUGGAUCCUCUGAAUGGCUGAGGACAAAAAACAUUGGUAGUGACUAGGAACUUCAUCUCUUACCUUGCCUUAAUGACAUUCUGCAGGCACAGAGCUAAAAAUGGCUGUAGUAUUGUUUGUUUGGUGGCUGGGUAGGGUGGCCGAGGCCAGAGCUCACAGUUAUGAGCAAAACUUAAAGAGGGGGGUCUGAUAGUUACUGAAAUUUACAGUGCAUCCUCCAAUAAAUUCAUCGGCUAAAACUGAGUUAGAAAAAAAGUUAUAGGAAAACCUAGGACUUUUAUAUAGAUUGCUACCUUUAAUUUUAGUUAGCCUCCCAUGUAUGUCUGUCUUUUUUUUUAUCAGGCAAUUUAGCCACCUUGCAAGGUGUUUGUAUUGUUCUAAGUUUUAUACAUUUGUCUCUGAAAUAAAACGCAUACAAAUAUCUA